UCGUGAUGUUAUAAUAGGAACAGGCGAGCGAAUGGAAAACGCUCGUAAGGACUACGGAAAGUGAGUACAGCGUGAAUCACAGCCUCUGAAAGAUUCGCGCCGGAGAGUCAUAGUUUCUCACACACAUAGCCUAUCUAAUGGCCCUCAACAUCAAGAUAUCCACUAUUUCAACAUGAAAAAUUCCAGACCUUGAAACUAUCCGUUGAAGAACUGCAUGGAUCCCGUGGCUGUUUCAGUGCUUAGAUCUGUCAGCUUUUAGAGAGCAAGAGGGAGACUGAAAGAGAAGAUGGAGGACCCUGUGUAUGACUUUCCGGAACCCCAGCCCCCGGUCCAGCGGACGUGUCCUCAGAGGGGCUCCCUGAAGAGCAUCAGUGUGCUGGACCGGCUGCUGCUCACUCACCCUGUCUGGCUGCAGCUGUCAAUCAACUCUGCUACGGCCCUGCACAUCCUGCAGAGGGAGCCCCCAGGGAAUUUCCUGGUGCGAAAAUCCACCACUUCCCAGAAGAAGGUGCUGUGCGUGAGACUGACUGAUGACAGCGUGCCCUCCUUCGUAAAGCAGUUCAUCAUCCGUGAGCAGGCCUCCACCUUCUCCCUGGAAAGCUCAGCCAUUAGUUUCCCAGACCUGUGCCGUCUCAUUGCCUUCUACUGCGUCAGCAGGGACGUCUUGCCCUUCCCCCUGGAACUCCCAGAAGCCAUUGUGAAAGCCACCUCCCACAAACAGCUGGAGUCCAUCUCGCACAUGGGUGUGGAGUUCUGGAGCUCACAGCUGAACUUCCGCGGCCCGCGCAAUGGUCCUCCGACGGUGGACGAACCCACGCUGCUCAGCCCCACGCCCCAGGACUGCGCCACGCCCCAGGAGAGCCCCACCCUGUUCCAGGAGUUCUGCCCCAUCCGCACACGGAGCCCUCUGGAGCUGGACUACGGGGCGGGGCAGGGGGCGCUGUGCUUCAUCAACCCCAUGUUCCUGCAGGAGCCCGGGAGGGCCGCCCUCUACCGGCGCCACCAGUUCAAGCGCAGCCUCAAAGUGCGCGUCUCCACUGAGAGCUCCAGCCCCCUGUCGCCUCCAGCCGCCCCGCCGCCACCCCCGCCCCUGCUGGCCAAGGGGGGCCGCAAGAAGGCCGCUAAAUCUGGGGGAGCGGGAGCGGGAGCGGGGGCGGGAGCGGGGGCGGGAGCGGGGGCGGAGUCGGCCGGGGGGGCUGAGCCAGUGGGAGGGGAGGAGGCGGUCGGGGACCCGGAGCGAGAGCCUGAGGAUUCAGACUACAGGGAACCCUGCUUCACUCUGCUGAAGAAGGGCAGUACGCCCCCCGGCCUCAUCCAGUGCCCCACUGCCCUCUCCCCCACUGAGGAGGAGGACUACCACAUGCCUAAGGCUCUACUGCAGGGGAGGGAAGCGGGGCUGGUUCUGGAGCAGACGCGCGCCCCCUCCCUGAGCGAGCUGGACAGCAGCAGCUCCCUCAGCAGCCUGGACGAGGCGGACGAGAGCCCGGAGCGACCGGCACUGACCCGGGGCACCAGCUUCCCCGCGGCCCCCUCAGGGCCGCGCCCGCCCGUCUCCGCCCUGCGGAAGAUGAGCGCGGCAUUCGCCUCCUUCUUCGUCCCGGAGAAGCGCGUGGCGCGGCUGGUGGAGGACCUGGCGCGGGACCGGCGCACGGCGUUCGGGGGGCUGGUGCAGGACUUCCUGCGGCAGCAGCGGGAGGGGCUGAAGGCCCAGAAACAUGCCUCCUCUGUCCUUCUGCUGCAAGGCCUGCGCCACUUCCUGUCCCAGGCCAAGCUCUUCCUGCUGGACUGUGGCGAGCUGGAGCCUCCUAUUGAAACCCUUCUGCCUGAAAAUGAGACAGACCAGGCGCUGGAGAAGGCCGUGUUCCGCUGUGUUCUGAAGCCUCUGAAGACGCAGCUGGAUGCUGGGCUGCGCUCCCUGCACGUGCGGGACGGCUCCACCCAGCUGAUGAUCGACGGCUUGCGCGCCUCCCAGGACAAGCCGCUGGAGCGCUUUGGGGUACGGGUGGGCGUGCCCGAUGCCCAGGUCAUGGAGAAGGUUGGGCAGAAGCUGGCCCUCCUGCAACGUGCCUACUCCCCCAUUGACAAGGUGCUGCUGCUGCUGCAGGUCUGCAAGUGUGUCUACACCUCCAUGAAGACCGACCCUGGCCAGGAGUUUGGUGCAGAUGAGUUCCUGCCGGCCCUGUCCUGUGUGAUUGCGCAGUGCAACAUGGCAGAGCUGCUGGUGGAAGUGGAGUACAUGAUGGAGCUCCUGGAGCCAACAUGGCUGACAGGGGAGGGUGGAUACUAUCUGACGAGCGUGUAUGCCAGCCUUUGCCUGAUACAGAGCCAGCCCGAGGCCCCGCCCACUGGUGGAAUAACGAAUAAGGCCCGCGAAUCACUGAAGGAGUGGAGCAGGCGCCGUAGCAACGAGGCCCAGAACCAAAAAGACCAGCAACACCAGCGGUUCGUGCGGGUGCUGUUCCAGGAGGGAGAGUGCAGCUCAGUGAAGACUCUGAUGUGGAAGGUGGGGGACAACGCCGAGUCCCUGGCCAAGCUCUGCGCCUCCAAAUUUGGGGUGGCCGAGCCGGAGCAGUACACCCUCUACUGGCGUGGAGGUGGAGAGGCGCAGCCUGUCUCUCCAGAGGCCCAGGUUCAGGACCUGCAGAUCCAGGGCGGAGCUGGCCCUGCCCUGACCUACCAGCGCUGCGACCAGGACCCCAGCAAAACGCGCAGGCUGACCAGAGGGGGCGCUGUGGACCUCGUGGAGUCACACUGAGAGCCCAUAAGGACGGGGGCGUCUGCCUUUGUAAGGCUCUGGGUGGCGCACAGUCAGAAGGCCAGUAUUUGUGUUGCUCAUGCAUAAUUUCAGUCCUGAUACAGAAACCAGGAAACCAGGUCUUGUAACUUCAAUGAUUCCCGUUCAUUUCAGGAGAGAGGUGGACUCAGUGAGACUACAAUCUCCUUUUUUCCCACAUUUCAAGCCGACACUAGGAAUAUUGUUUCCAGCUGGACACAACCUGUCUGCCCCUUUCUCUAAAGCUGGAAGUGCAGUUUGUAACGGAUAAUUCGAAGCAGUCAUUCCUUGAUUAAAAAAUGAAUUAAAAAAGCCUCUUCAAGACUAUAAAAAUAAUUUUAUCUGUUAUAGUCGGCAUUCUUCAGUAUUAAAAUAUUCCCAUAUUAAAACAAAACAACCUGAUCAUUAUAAAAAUAUUUUUUUCUGUCCAAACCCAUUCACACGCCACCUUUGACUAAGAGAAGUGAAAGGUAAGUGUGCUUUCCCAUUGUUUACCAGUGUUAAAUUUCCCACAUUCUCAAAAGCUGAAAAAUGGUCUAUAAACUGUAGACCAGCUGGCCUUCUGCUUUAAUAUGGUAAAGCAUAAUAGGCUACACCUUUUAACGUCACAAUACCUAGCGAUUCUGCUCGGUUAGACACAAACAUUUUUUAUGUAUUUAUUUAUUUAUUUAGCUUUAUUUGUGUGUGUGGGGGGGAAAAUACGAACUGCCAUCAUGUGUGUGUUUUUUUUGUUUCUGGAUGAAACAAUAUGAAACAAUAUGCUCUGCUGGUCAUUUCUUUGACAGUAAUAUGAACAUGAACAUGGAUGCGGAGAAUUCCUGCAUGCUGAGUGCCUCUGUGAAAAGAUAUGCAAUGUCACAUGUGAUGCUUGUGUGUAAAGGUGUGCCGUAUGACCUGUGGUGUGUGUAAAGGCGCGCAGUAUGACGUGUGGUGUGUGUGUAAAAGCGCGCAGUAUGACGUGUGGUGUUUGUGUGUUGUAUUCUGAGCAAGAGCAGUCCCAGUACCUCCAGGCACUCUCCACUGUUUCAGUGUGCUGUACCAUUGUCUCAUGAGAACCAAUAAAACACAAACGUGUACAGAA